GGUACUCGCUGCCCGCUCUGUCUAACUAACACCCAGCGGCAGGCAGCCUGCGAGCCGGAGCCAGAGCCAUGGCUGGUUCUCCCAACCGGAGCCUGGAGCUCCUCUACUGCGGCUCCAGCCCUCCCGAAGCCGCCCAGAUCCUCAAGGAUCUGAAUUUGCCUGCGAUCAUUCUAUACAGUGUUCUCACUCUAAUGGCUGUGAUUGCAAACCUUGUGUAUCUUGAGGAAGUUAUCUACCUGCUGAGAAAAGUCCCCUCGACCAACAGGAGAGCCACUAUUAUGUGGAUCAGCGGGGCUGCACCUGUGAUAGCAUCAACGUCUUGUAUUGGCAUGUGGGUUCCACUGGCAUCAAUGAUCACAGAUUUGACAACAGCAGUGUACUUUGCCAUUGUCAUCCAUAAAUUCCAGCGGAUGAUGAUAGAAGAAUUUGGAGGAGAUGAAGCAUUUUUGGAACGUUUUGAAAACACUCCUGUGAAAAUGAGUACAGGCCCUUGUUGUUGCUGCUGCCUAUGCAUACCUUUUGGAAAGAUUUCAAGGCGCCUGAUGUUCAUAUUGAAAAUAGGAACGUUUCAGCUGGCUUUCUUACGUCCAGUCCUGAUGAUCUUCACAUUAGUUCUUUGGGUGAACGGGACUUUUAGUCUCGAUGAUCUUACACCAAGUGGACCUGCGAUAUGGAUUAACACUUCCCUUGGAGUCUCCACAAUACUCGCGCUGUGGCCAAUUGGAAUUGUUUUUAACAAAGUCAAAGUUGAACUUAAAAACCAGAAGAUAAUCCCUAAAUUCACCCUGUAUCAGAUUUCAUUCAUUCUUACUCAACUCCAAGCUGCCAUUCUCAACAUAACAGCAUUGUCAGGAGGCAUUGCUUGUGCACCUCCAUUUUCCCCAACAGCCAGAGCCGGAUAUAUGAACCAGCAGCUUCUCAUAAUGGAGAUGUUUAUAAUAACUAUACUAUCACGCAUUUACUACAGAAGAAAAUACAACCCACUGGAAAUAGAUGAAAUGCAAGACUUAAAAAAAUCACAAAUGCCUUAACCCAUGUGAAUUGUAGAAUCGCAUAAAGUAAAAUGGCUGGAGAAGGGUCUUGACCCGAAACGUCACCCAUUCCUUCUCUCCAGAGAUGCUGCCUGACCCGCUGAGUUACUCCGGCGUUUUGUGUCUACAGAAAAUAAUUAAACGUCUUUUAUUGGAUUUGUAUUAAGAUAUUGACAGUUUCUGGAUUCUCUAUCGGAUCUGCCAGUAACACUAAUAUCAUGGCUUCUCAAUAGCAUAACGAUCUUUGAUUAGGUUAUGAACAGUUUUAACACUCGACUUGACAGUUUUGUCAGCAUUAAAACAUCUAUCUUCAAUAAUGUCAGGGAUUGCAACAAAUGUUUUGCAAUGCCCCACAAUGAGAUGUGGGACAUGCUUGUUGUUUCCUGUUCAGGUCUGCUCACAUAGUAUUGUCAAACAAGAUUAUAAUGGCCACUGCAAGCUGUGGACAGGAAAUUAUGGGCCUACUGUCUAAAUGUUGUCCUUUCACUGAAAUGGAUGAAAAAAACAAAGAUUGCAACCAGCCUGUUUUUUCCCUCGCCAACAUUUCCUGUUUAUGUCAUGUCUCAAGUAAACCACUACUUGGGUAGUCAACUUGUUCAAAACUCAACGCACACCUAAAUAAUUCCCCACAUUUUUUUCACUUAAGAGAGAGAUCAACAUCAGAAGCUAAGGAAACUAUGAAUCUCGAGCAUCCCGCAGAUUUAUUACUGAAAGAGGGAUUAUGAAAUUAUUGUUGAUUCUGACUAAGUAUCAUGCUUAAGGUGAAAAUUACUCAUAAAAUUAUUAUUAAUAUACAACCAUUCAAUAUAGUAUAAAGUUGAUAUAAUGUUUGUAAUAUGCUCCAUUGUUAAUUAAUUUAGAAUCUGACAAUCUGGCAAAUUUCUUAAAUGUAAGUCUUAAACAUGUGGUUAUCUUAAAAGAAAAUAUUACCAAAUUUUAAUUUCUUACUGGAACAGCACUCAAAUCAUGUGUUUUCAAACUAAAUAAUGGACAAUAAAUCUAACCACAAAGAUAAUCAGCGCCUCAUUGUAUGUUGUUAUAUGUGCAUUCAAUAACCUGAUGAAGUUCAAUGAUUGAUUAUAUAAUUUCGAUUGGAUCUAAGAAUUUUAUUCCUGUUAUAUGCUAUUUUGGAAUUUUUCAUGAAAUUAACACAUUUGAUUAAUAAAUACUCUGGGAAGCAUUCUGAGAUUAAUAUUAAAAGUAAACAAACGUUUUAUUGGAUAUUCUAUUAAUUUGUGAAUUCCUCUAAUAUCUCCAAACAGACUCGUCAGCUAUUCACAUUUUUUCCCAUUAAAUAUGCUGGAUACCAUGAAAAUGAAUUUACACGAGGAAAUAAUUGUUUCUGUAAUGCUAAUUAAGCAAGUACUGAUGUGCAAAUGAUCUAAUUUACCGAACCCAGUUCAAAGUUUUCUGAUUUCCAUAGUCGGCGUCAGUUUUGCAAAACAAAUUGUUGAAAUUCAGUGUAUAUUAAAUACACACUUUUUCUGCUAUGAAUUAUUUUCAUAGUUCUACACUAUAACUAAUAAUGUGUAGUCAAACAAAUAUGGUAUUAAAAAAUAUUUUACAACAAAGAAAUAUCAAAUACAGUAAACCCUGCAGUGUAUUGAAUUAAAGUUAGUAAUAUAGUCCAGCUGUACUGAAAAACAGAAGCAAACUCCUUGAAAAUAGUAUCAAUUGAUCAAAAAUUGCAUUUCAUACCCACAUGCAUUUUGUCUUGUGACAUUAAUUUUGUACCUACAAAUAAAAUAUAACCAAUUUAUUUUAA